UAAUCAACGGCAGUGAAAAAAAACAUUUUAGGAAGGAACAUAAUUCAGAUAUAUAUAGUCUUAAAUUCAAUAUUCUUAGCCUGUAUAAUAAAAAGUACGUCUUUGUCAUGCCUAAGAUCUGAGCAGGUACAUUGCUUUGUAUCACAUAUUUUACCCAUGCUGACAGUAUUUCACAAAAUGAAAAAACACAGGUUAUUUUCAGCGAUAAGGUCCAAAUGCUUCAUACUUGGAGCCUUGUUGCUGCUGUGAUAAAGUCUGUACAGGUCAAUACACACAGAAAUCUGUUCAUUUUUGUUGUACAUCAAGUGUUUUGGCAACAGUUUAACAGAACAGAAUAAACAAUCUAAUGGAAGAAACUUCUCAUCUGAAAUUCCUAGUUGCUGGCGUCAACAAGUCAAUGUCGAGAUUAAACAAACACCCGUGUUUCAGAAACACUGAAGGAUUUGAUCUGUCAUAACAAUGAACCUGUCGUUCAGGUCACAGAGCAGAAACCACAGAUCUAAUUCAAUCUGACCUAACACAUUGUGUCUCAGUCCAAAUGUGAUAUAUGUGUGUGCUGAUUGUUUAAUGAUAUCCUGAACUCACUCAUUCACAUUAACCUUCAUUCUGCAAAUCUAAAAGUGCUGUAUCGCCUCUGGACUAAACAUAAAAGUCAGUCUAGCUGAUUUGACCUACUUUUCACCAUGUUUGCUGGGUUAAAAAAAACCCUCAGAGAUAAAAGAUAGCCUUCCUGUUUUGCAGCUUCAUUAAAAACAAGUUUGAUCAGAUUAGAUGCAUUGGACCUUGACCAGAAAGAUGAACAGGGAACAGAGUGAGAAAAUAAAACAAGAAAGCAAACACUGAGGUUGAGUGAUUUGUUUUGUCACUCCAUAUUUUUCCCCAUGUAGUUAAUUUGAUAUAUGUGUGUAUAGUUUUGUGACCUUUUUUAUAUGAUAUGUGAUCAUCGGAAAAAUAUGGAAUGAAAUGGGUGCAGCCUUUGAGUGCAUGUUCUGAACAGCUGAAGAAAAGAAUAUUCCAUAUGAAAUGUUUUAGGUAAAUACGCCCUCUAUAAUUAACACCUAUACCCUUCUACCCUAAGACAAUGAGCAGGGCUAAUUGUCCUUCACUCGCGCAUGCGCUCUCUGCAACAAUGAGCCGAUUUGGGUUCUAUUUUAUUUUUGUCUUCUUACUGAUUAAAAGCCCAAGUUUGCUUCUCUUCUUGUGUUUCGCCAUUUAUGUUUAUAUUCACUACAGAACACGAUGAAAGCAUCCAGAUGGACGAGAAGGUGGACAGACAGACAGACAGACAGACAGAGGAUGUAGGUUAAUAACGUUCUUCCGUUUACAAACGCGUCACGAUGACAUGACUCGUCCUUGUCACUGCGCCUCCGGAUGGCGUCAGUCUGGUGAGAUGGACUGUUGUGUUCCCGGCUCGGAGGUCGUCUCGUCCCGUGAACUGUCCACCAGCCCACGCCGGAGCACAGACACUGCGGUUACGUUACCGACAGAGAUAAGACGCAGGAGCGUGGCGAUAAGAGACGUUUAAAAACAGAGAGAGGCUGAGAGAGGAUGAGCUGCCUUCAACAGUCAGAGGGAAGGAGUCCAAACAGCUGUUCUUCUCUGACAACAUUUAGCAGUGACUCUGCCUGUGUCCACACUGUUUGCACCAAUGGGUGUCAUGGUGUCAGUUUGGUUGUACAGCAGGAAAGCUGACAGUCCCCAGUCUUCCCCCCCUUUUUCAGCUUUCCGUCCUCUGGCUGUCCCCACUUCCUCUCGCCUCACGGUCACCCUCAACUCCUCUCCAGUCUCUCCAGGAGAUGGUCGAUCACGCUGGAGCUCAGUCCACCGCUCUCCUCACUUCCUGCUCUCUGCCUGCAAACAGAAAGUGACGCGUUCGCCUGUAGAGCUGAGUAGCGAUGGAGUGAGAUCAGAAAUGGGAGUGAAACAUGGGCUUCACAUAUGGGAGGUGCUGUGGAACCCUUACCAGAGAGGGAGCCACGCUGUCAUAGGCAUUUCCAGGCUGGAAUGUCCACUGCAGGCUGCAGGGUACAAUGUCCUGGUGGGGGGAGAUGCACAGUCCUGGGGCUGGGAACUCAAAACCAAUCAGCUCUGGCAUGGUGGACAUAACCUGGGACUUUACCCCGGAAAGAUGAAGCAGUGUUAUCCUGAGGUUUCCGAGAAGUUGGAGCCUCAGAGUUACAAAUCAGUAGAUGCUGAGAGUCCUCUCCCCAUUCCAGAACAUGUCCUGCUGGUCCUGGACGCUGAUGCUGGGACUCUGGGAUUCGUUGUCGAUGGCAGCUUUCUUGGCAUAGCUUUUACAGACCUUCCUUGUGGGGUGGAGCUGUUCCCAGCGGUGAGCAGCGUGAGAGGAGGAGCCACCAUACGACUACGAUACCUGAACGGUGCCUCACGUGAUCCUCCAGCCCUGAUGGCUCUAUGUGGACUGUCAAUUCGUCAGUUUCUUGGGCAACAGAGGCAGACUCAAACUGACAAACUGCCUCUACCACCCUUUCUUCAGAACUACCUGCUUUCUAGCCAUUAAUUUGUACACAAAUGAACUAAUUAACGUACAUGAUAGGAAUGCGUUAGUAAUCGCACCAGUGGUGUUCUGUGGUCUACUGUAGUGAAUAUUGUCAAACUACCCUUCACAUAAAAAAAGAAUCACUCACUCAAAGUGCCGUGGGUUGUCAAACUACCAAUGCAAACACUGACAAAAAUAGGACACACAUGAUGUAUUAUAUGAUAUUUAAUUCAUUAUUUUAAUAGCCAAAAUGUUGAUGCCUAGCCAUGUACAUUUUUAGUGGUGAUACAUAAAUCCUGGCCUUUUAUAUUGUGGAUAAUGUAGACUUCAUAAUUGGAUUGCACAUUGUACUAAGUACAUGUACCUCCUUUUAUGUCAAAUGAUGUAUAUAGUGUAUGUGUAUGCUUAGAUGAGUACACUUACUAUUUGUCUUUUUUUUAUUACGAUGUGAUGUCCACUGUUGAUUUUGUCUGGUGAUACAUGUCCUUUAUAAAUAUAACGGUGAACUGAAAGAAAAUUAAUUGAGAUUAAAUGUAGCAUGCAUUUUGCGAAUGUCUGAAUGUUUAUUUAUUAAUUAAAUACAUUUCUUAUAUUUUUUUCUGCUAUAGAGUUUCUACCAUGUUGUGGAAGUGAGUGAGAACAAGAGUUUGUUAAAUGGUGUUUAAUGUUUCUUCUUCAAAGUUCUAUAAUGCCAAUUUUCAUUGCCAAUUUGAACUAAUAAAAAGCACUUUAACAGUU